AUGAUCUCCGGCAGUGUAAGAGCGGCAAGUCUAAAAGUUACGAGACCUGCCUCUUUGGCGGCGGCAAACUGGAAGAGGUCUGCGGGAAACUCGUUUCUCUCUUUCAAAGAAUAUAGACAAACGGCCAAGACGUAUGGGCCAUUGAGUGCUUCAGUGGCGCAGAAGAGACAGUUGGCGCACAUGCCCAAGGCAUGA